AUGCGGUUCCUUUCUCGCCCAACACAGGCCGAUAUUAUUUCUCCAAGUGUGCCUUAUCAAGGCAGUCUCGAUACCAAAGAUGAAACGAAACAUGCUGUAGAGCAUCGAGAGCACAUCGACGCUGUAGAAGACCCUACCGAAUGGAGCAAGAUCAACCUGAAAGACGAUGGCGAUGUAGCUCAAACACUCUUUGCUACACAGGCCCAUGAGCCCAUUGAUCCAGCCGAGGAAGCAAGAGUGGUAAGGAAGAUCGAUCUCAUGAUCCUGCCAUACCUAGCUGUCUGCUACGCCUUCUUCUACAUCGACAAGACGACCCUCAGCUAUGCCGCCAUCUUCGGCAUCCGAGAAGACUUGAACAUCCAUGGGGAGCAAUACAGCUGGUUAUCUUCGAUCUUCUACUUUGGCUUCUUGGCUUGGGCGCUGCCGACCAACUUUAUGUUGCAGCGGUUCCCAGUUGGAAAGUACUUGGGUUUCAACAUCUUCAUGUGGGGAGCAUUGCUCAUGUGUCAGGCGGCGGCAAAGAACUUCACAACUCUGGCUGUUCUGAGAGCUCUUUCGGGAGCUGCAGAGGCGUGUUCGGAUCCAGCUUUCAUGAUCAUCACCUCCAUGUGGUAUUCAAGACGUCAGCAACCUAUUAGGAUGGGUCUGUGGUACACAGCAAAUGGUUUCGGUAUUGCUCUGGGUGGUCUUCUGGGUUACGGUCCGGUCACCGCCAAAGGCCUCAACGAACGAGAGAAGAGGAUAGCAAUCGAAAGACUGAGAGACAACCAGACUGGUAUAGAAAACAAGCAUCUGAAGUGGUAUCAGGUCCGCGAAGCAUUCACAGAUUACAAGACCUACCUCUUCUUCUUGCUUGGCGUAGUGGGGAAUAUUCCUAAUGGAGGAAUAAGCAACUUCGGUACCAUUAUCAUCAAGGGCUUCGGUUUCAGCACCUUGGUUACGACCUUGAUGCAAGUUCCUUAUGCGUUCUUGGGUGCCGACAACAAAGCUGGAAGACUGAUAUGUUACUACCUGACCGGUCCUUACAAUGCAGCUUUCGUUAUGAUCCUCUCUUUGACUACCGCCAACUCUGCCGGACAUUCCAAGAAGGUCGUGACCAACGCCAUACUCUUCCUUGGUUAUUGCACGGGCAACAUCGCAGGACCGUUUUUCUAUAAACAAUCACAAAGCCCUCGCUAUGAGCUCGGUAUUUGGAGCAUGAUUGUCAGCCACUUAAUCGAGGUCUGCGUCAUCCUCCUGCUGCGUUUACUCCUAAGCAGAGAGAACCGCCGUCGAGACAAAAUCCAAAGUGCUCUGCCUGGCGGAUUGAAGGGCAGAGACCUGAAUGCGACCGCAUUCGCAGAUAUGACUGAUCGUGAAAAUGAGAAUUUCAGUAUUCAGUCUGACCAGAGCGAUCUUCAAAAUCUUGACAUGAAUCGUGAUACGGUUGUGUACCGUCAGAUGGCCAUGCGAGGAGCGUGCCAGCACAACGUGAAGUUCGAGCUGAGGUCCAAAAAGUGGAGGUCGGCCGAUGAAGGAGAUCACCGCGGUUGCAAGCCACAAACAUCAGUGCGCAUGUGA